AUGGCGCAAGCUUUCCAGCGCCAGAAACGCCAUUACGAUCUCCGGCGUCGGCCUUGGAAACCGAACGUCGGGGAGUGGGUGUGGAAGCGCGACCACCCUCUUUCUAAGAAAAGCGAAGCGUACAACGCCAAAUUGGCGCCCAAGUUCAGCGGGCCAUACGAGAUCCAAAAAAUCGUCUCACCCGUUAUAGUAGAUCUCAAGAGCAAGAGGGGAAAACGGAUAAGGCAUGUACAUAUCCAGGAUUUAAAAGCGGCUCACCAAAACAACAACAAUGUCAACCUUAUUCCCCCCAGCGAGGACAUCGAUCACGAGCCUGAUACCUCGUUUUUCGAUAACGCUCACAACUGA